GUUAAUUAGCUGAUGCUGUGUGUCAGUGAAGGUAGCUGCAGUGUCUCGGUGAAUCAUGGCUCGGACUGGGUUUUGUGAUUCCAGGCAACUGUUGGACCUCCAUAUGACUGAGGCAGGGCAAGCGCCUCUGCGGGUGUGGGCAAACUCCUGUAUUCUGAGGGAGCGCAGGGUGUUUGCUGAAGGAGAGGAGCUUGGGUCAGGGCAGCACUGCAAACCUGCCCAGGAGAGUCGAUGGGUUCGAAGGCUUUCCAUCUCUGCAGAGGAUGGGAUCAUAAUGGACUAUGCUCCUCAAGACGUACCACUUUCAGAUGUCUGUGAAGAGGAGGCUUUGCUGCAGUAUCUGAACAGGUUGCCAGGUCCACCAAGUCUGCGGGAACUGAUGCCUGGACUUCUGCGCAGACAGGUGGAGGUAGCCAUCAGCAAGCUGGGACUCCUUUAUGACCAGACCUACGCAUGGGACAUCUUUUUAGACAUGAUGAGAAGUCAGAUACUAUGCACUCUCCCAAACGUUGACCUUCCCAAGCCUUUCACUGACAUUACCAGAGCUAUUUUAGUUGACUGGCUAAUUCAAGUCCAUGAAGUGUUUCAGUUCUCAGAGGAAACGUUGUAUCUGGCGGUACACCUUCUGAAUCGAGCGCUAAGGCUCAUCAAAGUGUCCAUCUCCUGCCUGCAGUUGCUGGGUGUGGUUUGCCUCUUUCUGGCUGCCAAAAAAGAGGAAUGUCUAUUACCAGAGGUUUCAGAGCUCUGCUAUCUGAUGGAGAAUGCCUACAGUAAGAAACAACUGCUUCGGAUGGAGAGGAGAGUUUUAACUGGGCUCAAGUUUGAUCUUUAUUACUGUCCCCCACUUCACUUUCUUCUCAUCACUGCUUCCAUUGCACGCUGCAGCGACAAGUGGGUCUGGAUGGCCCGGUACCUGUUGGAGCUGUCGCUCCUGGAGGAGCAGUGUGUGGUGUUUCUGCCCUCUCAGCUGGCUGGUGCUGCCCUCCGACUGGCCCGAAGGAUCCUCCAGGAAGCUCCCACUCCAGAUGGAGAGACGGCCUGGUGCAUUGCCUCCAGUAUCUAUAAAGGAAGUGAAGCAGCUCUCCUCAGUAUAAUGCAGAUCAUGGCCAUGGCAGCAGCGAGAGCACACACUCGUGAGACCCGUGCCACUUUCAUCAAGUUCUCCACCAUACAAACCCUCCAUGUCAGCAUGCACCCUGCCCUGAAGGCCGCCCCUGGCUUACUGGGCCUGUCGUGCCCUCGGACGUGACGCUCCAACACCGGUGAGGAGGCCGGAAAUGCUCGGGACCGCUCAUAGCGCUGCUACUAUAGGGAGGGAAGUAAACUUUGUGAGGAUUGAGAGCUGGUUACUCUUUUUGGACUGAAUUGUUUGUAAUUUUUUUUAUUGUAAUCUUAUGCCACCUUGAUGUAAAAAGGAAUAAAAAAAAGGAUUUAUGUCUAUGUAGCUUUUAAGUGUUUCUCAAUGCUAUGGUGUGAACUUUAGAAACUGGAAUGGAUGUUGGUGACUGUUUUUGAAAAUGUGCUUUCCAUGUCUUAAGAUUGUAAAAUAAAAUUAUGUUUUGGAAAACUGCA